AUGUUUAAAAAUCGAAGUGAUUCAAUCCAUUCAAAAAUUUAUUUUUUACCUAAUCGUUUACACGUCAACUUGAAAGAAGCAAUAAAAAUACUCAAAAAACCAUUUAUAACAGAAAGCAUUGAAUGUACACAACUUGAGCCACAAUCAGAUGGAAUUAAGUGGGAAGCAACAGGUACUACUCUGUUACCCAAUAAGGAAAAUCCUAUGUUAAUUGCUAAAUAUUUUUCUUCUAAAAAUAUUUACAAAAGUGUGUUUAAAUUAAUAAAAAAUAAUAAAUAUGACGCUUCACUGGUAAAUUAUACGAAUGACAUAUCACUACUGGACUUGCCAAAGGAUAAAAUUCAAAAGGCCAAAUCACUCGUUUCCAGAAAAAUGUCUAUCAAAAGUAUAAUGAAAAGACGUUUUGAGAAAAUGAAUGAAAAAAAAAACUCAACUCAAAAUAGUGAAAAUUCUGAAAAUAAUAACUGCGAUUUGCCAUCUACUUCAACUUCAACGCCUGCAGUACAAUUCAUGGAAGUAGAUAGUGAAAACUCAUAUGACACACCAGUACCAAUUGAAGAAAAUUCUAAUUUUAAUAAGUAUAAUGAUGCGGAUAUUUCAGAUAUACAAUUCCAUCAACUUGAAACCACGAUAGAAAGUAUCAGCAGGUAA